ACGCCGUGUUGGUGGAGGUCAUGUAGUCAGAGUUGUUAGCAGUUUGCCUUAGAACACCGUCGGAUUAACAACCUACGGCCCUGGAGCAAGGAUUACCCUCAUAGGAAAAUGCCGCUUUUAAAUACAUGCUGUGGGCUGUCCCUCAAAGUAGGGACAGUAAUAAGUGGAAUACUUGGAAUUUUAUUUGGAGCAGGAACGUUGGUCAUUAUUCUAGUCACAAAAGUUAAAAUGAGGACUAUAAUUAUAGAUACUCUCCCUCCAGAAAUAGUAAAAAUUAUAUUGGCUAUAAAUCUUGUUAUGACAAUUUUGAUAUCACUUCUGUUAAUUAUUGGUGCACUAAAGAGAAAUAGAUGGCUUAUGCUUCCAUGGGUGUUGUUGGCGAUAAUGCUUGCAAUCGGCAUGGCUGUAUCUAUCAUUUAUACAGCAGUAGUGUUCAUCAUGCACGAAGAGGUGUUUUCAGCUUGCCUCUGGCUAGUUUUCGGUUUGAUUUCAGUCGCAAUUUUCAUCUACUUGUGGUUCGUAGUCUUCAGCUACUACAAGCUGGUUGAAGAAGAAAAAGGAAGGGGGCCUUAUGGAAGGCCUCCAAGGAGAUGAAACGCCGUUUAAAAAAUACCGCAUAUCAAUGACUGAAUAUCACACUCGACACAAAGUUAAGAUUUACUUUGACAGAAAAGUACAAAAAUAACUUUCGAUGCUUUGUCGUGCAUUUCAAGUAAAGCUUUACUAACUGGAACAAGUGUUCAUAAAUUUAUUAUACUUGAUCUGAAUGUCAGUAUUAAUUUGUCAAAGUUUGUAAGUUCGAUUACAAACUAAUCAUAUAAUCAUGUUAUUUGGUAUGUAAUGUACAAGUAUAUUGUUUGUAAAAUAUUGAAAAAAUAUAUUAGUUUAAUUUUGAA